AUGGCUUCGCCUACAGCGGGAGCAAGUGAAGCUCCUCAAGGGGGACAAAGCCCUGGUGGAGCUAGCGAACAGCGUGUUCUGACAGGCGAAGUGGUGCUGAACCAGUUGGCAGCUGCCGUGGCGCAGCUGGCUCAGGCCCCGGACCUCUUCAAUCCGAACUCUUUGGAAGAGGAGGCUGCUCAGUGGGGCGAUUGGUCGUUCCACUUCCGCAACUUCAUGACGAUUCAGGACUCAGGCUACCGUUCCGACUUUGAGAAGUGCGAGUCCGCCAGCAGCUUUGUCAACUUUGCUGAUUAUGCUGCUGAUGUGAAGGAGAGAGCCCUUCGGCUCUACUCUGUGUUGGCGAGCUACCUCCGGGGUCGCCCGCUAAAGCUGCUUCGUGCUAACAAGAAUGGAGACGGCUAUGCAGUUUGGAGGCAGCUUUGUGACGAACUACAACCACGCUCGCGCCCUCGUGCUUUGGCUUUGGCGCAAGCGCUGUCGCGCUUCCCACCGCACAAGGAGGGCACUUCUCUCUUAGAGUACAUCUUGGGCUACGAACGGCUCAUUGCGGAGUACGAGGCUGUGGCGACGCAGAAGUACCAGGAGGACCUCAAGAUCUCGACGCUCCUUGCUGGCUUGCCUCAGGAGGUCAAGCGCUACAUGUACCUUCAGGUCAACAACUCCACGACCUACUUGGGCUUGAGGGAGAAGCUGUUGCAGUACGAGCGGACGUCUUCUACGUGGACGGCAGAGAGUAUGCUGAAGUCCCUCGGCGGCGGCUUCAACACUGACGCGAUGGAUGUGGAUCGUGUUGCCGAUGCUAAAGGCAAGGGCGGCAAGAAAGGCGAUAAAGGACCGAAGGGCAAACACGGCAAAGGCGACUACGGCAAGAAGGGCGAGUACGGCAAGAAGGGAAAUGAGAAAGGCUGGCACCGUGAUGGUGGCAAAGGCUAUGGCAAGGGCUCACCGAAAGGUGGGAAAGGCAAGAAAGGAGAUCCUGGGAAGAAGGGCUCUCCUAAAGGCUCUUUGUCUUUGGUGGAGUGCUGGAAGUGUGGCAAGCGAGGACACUACGCAGCAGAGUGCCGAUCGAGAGUCAACCAGGUGAACCAGGAUGACGACGCAGCUUCAGUGCAGACGAGGGCAACGACUUCUUCUGCCACAACAGCAAGCACAGCCGCUCCUGCGGCAAAGGCGCAAGUUCGUCGAGUACAUGUGGUGGACCUCGAGCGGCUUGAUGAGGACCAGGUGCUCGGUGUUGAGUUUUUGGGCUCUGUGCGUAUGGUGCAAGAAGUUGACAGUGAUGCCGAAGACGAGCUUUCUUGCAGCAGUGUCCAGUGCUUCACCAUAGGCAGCGACAAUGAGAGUGAGUUUUCUUUUGAGCUUUGCAGUUCCCUUGACCUGACGGCAGAUGAUAGUGGUGAGCUUGAGGCUGAGAGUGCUUUCCAUGUUCGUGCUGUUGCUGCUGACCCCAAUUUGCAUGAAGUGAUUUUGGACAGUGGAGCCGAUUGCACCGUCUUGCCACUCAGCUCGUUUGCAGACGUCGGCCAGCACAGUCGUGAGAGCUCGUUCCUGCUAGAUGCGCAGGGCAACAGGAUUCCGCAAGGCCAGGUCCGAACGUCUGUGGUUUUCGAGGUUGAGGGUAUCGAUGGUGAGAUCAUUCAAUUUCGCGACAAGGCAGUGCUAGCGCAGGUUCGGCAGCCGUUGUUUUGCUUCGGGAAGUUGCUUCGUGAUCAGUGGUUGCCCGAGCUGAAUCCUCAACAGGGCUGGUGCCUCAGAAAGGGCGAACGGUCCUUCGGAGUGCACUGGAGCAAGAACUCUCUUGCCACUUACAUGAGGAUCCUGAGGGCCGACGGAGAGUGCGCCAAGUCGGCUCACGAGCCGGCGUCUCCACAGGCACCCCCGGCCAUGGCAGUGAGGUUGGUGGUCGAGAUCUCUGACGAUUUGGAGAUUCAUGCGCAGGCCCCAGGCUGGAGCUUGAAUUCUAGCAUGCAGCCAGUGCACAUGGGAACAAACAUGGAAACCACCUUUGAUGGCUCUGGUCGCUUUAGUUGCUCAGAUUGGCCGUUUAGGACCACACUUCUUUGCCGUGGUGAUCGCAAAAAUGAAGUCUUUGAGUGCUGUGAAGUUUGGGAAGAUCGUCUUGAGUUUGGUUUCGGUGCCUGUGAAAGCAAGGUGUUGACUAUCCUCACAAAGGAAGCUAUAGAGCCCAAUGACCUCGGUAAAGCACUUCAGCAAGAUCCUGCUCCACGUGGCGAACGCUCCUUUGAUGAACCUCCCAAUGAACCCUUGCAAGCCCCAGGUCUUGAGCCCGAUGAGCCAGCAGACGGAGCAGCUGGCGAUCCUGAACGAGACGGCCGCGGAGGAGAGGUUGCAAUGCUAGGGCCUUCUCCGGUUGAAGUUCUUGGGGAUGAUGAAGAAGCUUUGGUGGUGAAUGGCACGCGUCUAACUGAGAUUAGUCCACUUCGUGAGCUUCGGCUUGGUUGCCGGUUCCUUGGCAUCUCGAAGAACGGCUCAAAGUCAGCAGUGUGGCAGCGCUUGAAGAAGGAGGUAGCACACAGCAAGUUGCAGUUGGAGGUUGCAGCAUCGGAAGCCGUGAGGGCAGAGUUUUCCCGAGAUCCCAUAGUUCAGGCACUCCCAGUUCCUCCAAGUCCCGAGCUAGUUGCACUACAUGAAGUUACACAUCUUCCUCGUGCUGAUUGGUGUGAAGCUUGCAUAGCAGCCCGGAGUCGUGAAGAUAACUUUGAAGCAGCAGGCCCCAAACGUGAGUUCCCGGUGAUCUCUCUGGAUUUUAUGUUUGUGAAGACUGACGGGGAAGAAGCACCUCUUGCCACUCACCUGGUGUGUGUGGACUCUCAAUCCAAGUACGUGGUAGCAGUUGCACUUGCUUCCAAAGGAGGCAAAACCUUGAAACAUGCUGUGGGAGAGGUUGUUGGCAUGCUGACGGUUCUCGGCUAUGCCAAGGUGAUUCUAAGGUACGACACAGAACCAUCCAUGAAACAACUUGUGAACUCCAUUGUUGCUGUGCGUGCAAAGAACAACUUGGCGACAGAGCUCGAACCCGUCGGGCCGGACUCCUGUGUACAUGGGGCGCUCCGUUCUGAACGUUAUCAUCAGACUGUUCGCAACCUCGGCAACUGUCUCCUGAAAACAAUAGAGCAACGGACAGGACACAAGGCCGAGACUUGGAGCCCGCUGCAUUCCUGGGCGUUUGUGCAUGCAGCCUUCCUGGUGACAAGGUUCCAUGUUCACCGAGAUGGGUGUACCUCCCAUGAAUUAGUACAUGGACGGAAGUACGACCAGAAACUUUGCCCGUUUGGCUCUGCUGUUUAUGCACAAUUCCUUCCGAAGAACAAAAACAAGGGAGAAGUUUGGCGACAAGGUGUUUGGUUGGGCAGAGCAAGAAUUGGGAAUCUACAUGUGAUCGGUGGCAGUGCUGGCAUUCACUUUGCCAGAACCAUUCGGAGGCCUCCCAAGGCCUACGACUUGGAGCUUCUGAAGACCAUGCGGGGGACUCCUUACGACUUCCUGCUGGAUGUGGUGCCCGUGCGCAAGAAGAAGGUGGACAAGGAUCGAUUGCCGAUCUUGGUGGAAGCUGCUCCUGGCCCUUUGCCUUCCGAGGCGGAGGCUGGGAACGCUGGUCCAGGAAAUGAGGCUGCAAGUGAACCUACCUCCUCUGAGGCUGGGGGCGUUGGAUCAAUGAGCAUGAGCUUGCCUGGUCAGUCUUCUGGGACGGGUUCUUCCUCUUCUACGGAGCUUAUUCCUGAUGCUAUGGACGUUGAAGGCGGCGUCAACCAGGCCGCUGAGGAUGAAGAUGGCUUUGUUGUUUCGGCUGAGGGGGGACUCCCCACAGGCCACUUCGAGGAGGAAGGCUUCCAUGGCGUUCCAGAAGAUUGGAGCGACAUCUUCGAGGAGACUUGGGAGAUCGAGGGUGUCUUGCAGGAGGCGGAAAGACGCAAAUACGAAGAAGGGCCUCCUGUGCUUGAUGCCGACGCUCUUGCGGCAUUGGAUGCUGAGAUGGAUGAGGUGGAAAUCCAGAGGCUCUUGGGAAUGAAAGUCCUUGAAGAGAUUGGCCCCGACGAGGACGUGAGUGACAUGUACCGCUUAGGCUGCAAGAACGUUCGAGAUUGGAGGUUUCGCAACGGCUGGGUGCGGCGAUCACGCUUGGUUGCCAAAGAGUUUCGCUUUCUGCAGCCGUACAUGGAGAACUUGUAUAGUGCCCCAGCCCUCUUCUAUGAGCCCCAGAGUUUGAUCGUUUCCACACAUGUUGAUGACCUGCAAAUGCUAGGGGCCGUGCACGCGUCGGGUGAGUGUCGCUUCUUGAAGCGGAAGUUCAUGGGGGUCAACGGGAGCAUUGUCAUAGAGCAAGAUGGGAAACACGUCGAGAAGCUGAUCAACCUGGUCGGUGUCGAGAGAGAGUCUGGAAAGCAGACCCCAUGCCCCAUGAACCCCAACGAUGUGAAGUCCACGAAACCUCUAUCUUCCGAAGAGUAUCCAGCUUACCGCACGGCCAUAGGUAUUCUCCUCUAUCUCGGCCCCGAUAGACCCGAAUGCCUCUACGCGAUCAAGCUGCUCUCCGCGAAGACUUCCAACCCUACAGAACAUGAGUGGCAUCUUUUGCGACACCUCGUGAGAUACCUGAAGUUGCAUCCCAAGCGUGGCAUUUCUUUGAGUGCAUGCAAUCCUGGCAGGACCGUUGAGCAGCGCUGGCUUGCGAACCCUGGUCCUGAGCGAGGCCCGGAAGCUGAUGCUUCCCAACCUUUCGGGAACGGACGCCUCAUAGAAUCAAUCUCUGACGCCUUGUGGGGUGGAGAAGCCGACAGGCGGAGCAUCAGCGCUGCAGUUAUAUUUUUAAACGGGAAUGCGGUGCACGUGGGCAACAAGAGGCAGAAGAGUAUAUCGCUUUCUUCUUGCGAGAGUGAGGUCCACGGGAGCUUGUACUCCAUUCAGGAAGGGCUUUUCUUGAAAAGGCUCUUAGAGACUGUGUGCGAGAACAGCGCGCACCUCGUUCAUCGAGUAGACUCUUCUUCGUGCAGGGCAUUCAUUGAUCGUGUUGGUCUGGGACGUUUGAAGCACAUUGACAUAGCAUACUUGCGGGUGCAAGAUCUCAGAGCUCGCAACAUGUUCACGUUGAAGCCUAUCUCUACGAAGUUUUGCCCGCCGGACCUUGCCACAAAGCCGAUGAGUGGGGUGAGAUCCAGAAUGCUAGAGUAUACCAUAGGAGUGUGUCAGUCUGAUGGCACCCUCAUCGGAUCGGAAGAUUUCGAAGACGAAUGGAACAGAGAGCAGCUGCGGCGAAUCCGCAGUACCAAAGAGGGUGUGAGUUCAACUGCUAAGGCCUAUGUUGCAAGGAGGGUCCUGGCGCUCUUGCUUGCGAGUGAGGGUUUGGGCUUUGCAGAUGGAGCCUCUUUUCUGUCUCGAGAUCCGAACACCCCGUUCAUGAUGACCCGGUGGAGCUUUGGCUUCAUGAUGGUGAUUCCUGUGCUGCUGGCGGUGCUCUUUGUCAAGACCGAGGCCUACUUCAAGAACUACUUCAAGGCGAGCGGUGACGACAACGGCGAGGAAGUGAACGUCGAGAACUUCAAGGUGACGAGGCGCUUGGAGGAGACCGUCGAGUGCCACAACAACGUUGAGGAGACCAACUUCUUGGAGAAUGCCUUCUACAUCAUGGAGAACAAGGCCAACUUGGAGAUCAACGUGGACAAGACCUUCAAGCUCCUCUACUUGAACGUGGCGAUUCAGAUGUACCUCAUGGCAGUGACCAUCCUCUUCUUCGACGUGGCGAUCAACCGGAACCUCUUCGUGAAGAUCCUCCCGAAGUUCAACAAGGUGCUCAGCGUGUUCCAGGCGAAGGAGCUCAAGGUGACGAUUCUCCUGAUGAAGGGGUGCCACCGCCUCUACAAAGCCAAUGGCAUCGAGUACUCGGAGGACCUUCUUCGUCACUGGGAACAACACCGUGAAGUUUCAGUCGAGUUCCUUGGAGAGUUCGAGGGACGUGGUGCGGCAGCUGAUGCUGCUACUGGCGAGGAGCUGGGUGGCGAAGUGACGGCUGCUGCUGCAGAAGUCCGUGGAGACCAAGGUGAGCAAGUGUGGCUGGUCGGUCGUGGCUCUGCUUUCCACAAGGCAAGCGGUGGCAUGGUCAAGAAGGCACAACCUCAAGGAAAGGCGCGACCGUUGGAGCGAGUGACUGCCGUAGCACAGGGUUACAAGCGUUGUGGACAGUGCAAACCGUGA